GAGAAGAAGCCAACAGGAAAGGGCGAGGAGGACGGCUCUGGUUCAGACUCCGAUUCUUCCUCCUCUGAUUCGAGUUCGGACAAGAAGAAAAAGAAGAAAGACAAGAAGAAAGAUAAGAAGAAGAAAAAGGACAAGAAAGGAAAAAAAGAUAAGAAGGACAAAAAGAAGAAGGCUGAGAAGAAGGGCAAGAAGAAGAAGGAUAAAAAGAAGAAAAAGAAGAAGAAGAAUGACGGGCUCAGCGAAGCCAUGCGAGGGGCCGUUUCGAACCAGUUCGGCAAAUACGGUAUCAUCAAGCAGGAAGAUUACUUCUCCAAGAAGCCUGAAUUCCUUCUCUGGGCACAGGAAGUACGAAAGGUUAACACUGACAUCCUUGGACA